UGAGCUGUGAUUUAGCUGUCCUUUUGAUGAAUUAUUUCAUGCCCACUCUCUCUUUCUCUCUCUAACUUUCUCACUCUUCACAGAGUCAUAUACAAUCUCACACACAGUUCCAAAAUCCCUAGAAAUAAAACCCCUUUCUUUCUCUCUCUCUCUCUCUCUUCUCUAUCUCUCCCCCCCAAAUCAAAUCCUUUGUAGCUGCAUUCUCCUCAGAUCUCAAGGUGGAAACUUUCCUAAAACCCCACUUGAAAUCUGAUCGAAAGUUUUAGUUUUUUAACAGCAGCAGCAUUUGGCAUUUGGUUACAUCAGAUGUGUGAUGUGAGAUGAGGAAGAAAACCUAUUCAAAUCUCUCACUCAUUCCCUUGUUCCUCUUUUUCAUAGGCACACUCUCUCUCUGUGCCUCUUCACAAAAACUCAACAAUGGAGAUGGAGGAGCACUCACAACAUACAUCAAGCAACGCCAGCUUCUGUAUUACAAAGACGAGUUCGGUGACAGAGGAGAAAAGGUAACCGUAGACCCAACACUUGUCUUCGAAAACGACCGCAUCAGAAACGCGUACAUAGCUCUUCAAGCUUGGAAACAAGCCAUUAUCUCUGAUCCAAACAACUACACACUCACAUGGGUGGGACCUGAUGUUUGUAAUUACACCGGAGUUUUCUGUGCUCCGGCGCCGGACAACCCCAAGAUCCGCACCGUCGCCGGCAUUGACCUCAACCAUGCUGACAUUGCCGGUUACCUCCCGGAGGAGCUUGGGUUGCUGGUGGAUCUCGCUCUCUUCCACAUCAACACCAACAGGUUCUGUGGCACACUACCCCACAAGUUCGAGAAUCUCAGAAUCUUGUUCGAAUUGGAUCUCAGCAACAACAGGUUCGCCGGAAAGUUUCCGGAGGUUGUGUUGCGUUUGCCGGAGCUCAAGUUUCUGGAUCUGAGGUUCAACGAUUUUGAAGGAACUGUGCCGAAGGAGCUCUUCGAUAAAACCUUCGACGCAAUCUUCAUCAACGACAACCGUUUCGUGUUCGAUUUGCCCGAUAAUUUCGGGAAUUCGCCGGUGUCGGUUAUUGUCUUGGCGAACAACCACUUCCACGGUUGUGUUCCUGCGAGCUUGGGGAACAUGUCGAACCUUAAUGAGAUCAUUUUAAUGAACAACAUGUUCCGGUCGUGUUUGCCGGAGGAAGUUGGGUUGCUGAAGAACCUGACGGUGUUCGACGUGAGCUUCAACCAGUUGUUGGGGCCGUUGCCGGAGGCUAUCGGAGGAGCGGUGAGUUUGGAACAGCUCAAUGUGGCUCACAAUUUGCUGUCUGGGAAAAUACCUGAGAGCAUUUGUGCGCUUCCGAAUCUUGAGAACUUUACUUACAGUUAUAACUUCUUUACCGGUGAGCCUCCGAGGUGUCUUGCCUUGCCAUCGUUUGAUGACCGCCGUAACUGCUUGCCGGCUAGGCCGUUGCAGCGCUCAGCGGCGCAAUGUAAGUCGUUUUUGUCUCACCCUGUGGAUUGUAACUCUUUUAGGUGUAAGCCAUUUGUUCCUUCCUUGCCUCCUCCCCCUCCUCCACCGCCGCCGCCGCCUGUUUUUAUUCCACAUUCUCCUCCUCCGCCUCCGCCGUCCCCACCGGUGUAUUCACCUCCACCUCCGCCACCUGUGUAUUCGCCACCGCCUCCGCCACCAGUUUACUCUCCACCACCUCCUCCACCACCACCUCCGCCCCCGCCACCGGUCUAUUCUCCACCACCACCACCUCCGCCUGUUUAUUCCCCACCUCCACCACCACCUCCACCGCCACCACCUGUCUAUUCUCCACCUCCGCCACCUCCACCGCCACCACCGGUCUAUUCUCCACCUCCGCCACCGCCACCGCCACCCCCGGUCUAUUAUCCACCUUCACCACCGCCACCAUCGCCAUAUCCACCUCCACCAUCCCCACCACCGCCGUCGCCAACUCCAACGCCACCAUAUUGUGUUAGGCCUCCACCACCGCCGCCACCAAAUUCACCACCACCACCUGCUCCUAUAUUCUCCCCGCCACCACCUAUACCUUAUUAUUAUAAUUCACCACCGCCACCUUCUCAUUCACCUCCACCGCCACCACCACCUUAUUCAUCUCCUCCACCACCACCUCACUCGCCUCCACCACCUGUUUAUCCCUAUUUAUCACCGCCACCUCCUCCUCCUGUCCACUCUCCUCCUCCACCACCAGUCCAUUCACCACCACCACCAUCUCCACCACCUUGUAUAGAACCACCUCCACCACCACCACCUUGUGAAGAGCAUUCACCUCCACCACCUUCACCACAUCCCGCACCUUACCUGCCACCACCAUCUCCAUCACCUCCACCACCACCAGUUCACUAUAGUUCACCACCACCACCACCUCCUUACAGUUCACCUUCUCCACCACCUGCCCCUGUAUAUGAAGGGCCUUUGCCACCUGUUAUCGGAGUCUCGUAUGCAUCUCCUCCUCCACCACCCUUCUAUUGAUUCUUUUGAGAACCUUUCUCCUCUAACCCUUUCGCCAUAGCAACAAAAAAAAACAUCAAAGUUUCAGAGUUUUUAUUAUUGGUGGCCAUUUCUUCUGUACCCUCUUACUGUGCCAAGUCAUAUAUUAUGCGACUCUCGUCGCUUGUGGGGCGAAAAAAUAAACAAAAGUGCAAGGCAGCAUAUUUGGUUCUUAUUAUCAUUUGUGGGUCAAUACAAAAUUAGAGAAGAGGUUACUGUUGAUUCAGGUAAGAGGAGAAAGUCUCUCCAUAUUGAUUUGAAUUGUUAUGGAUAUUCGAGUUGUGAAAUAAAAAUGGCAGAGAAAGAGUAGGUUGCAGAGAUAAUGUAUGUAUAGGGAUGAAUUGGAGACCAUAAUUCAGGGCUGCAAAGACAGUAGCAGUUUCUUCUGUUGCUGUUGCUUGUUUGUGGAGUUUAUUGUUAUUGUCUCUCUUAUAUCAUACUUUUUUAUUUUAUUUUUUAUUUUUAUUUUGCUUUGCAAUUUAUAGUAUAAUUUAUGAACAUUUUACAUGUAUUGAUUUUCUGAAUUGAGGUAAUUUCCUUCCUUUUAUCAGUGUCUCAAAUAUGUCUCUGCUAUGAGAAUGUUGUGUGUGCCUUGCUUCACUUCAGUCAAUCUGCAUUAAUGAUUCUUCAUUUGUGACAUGUUCCUCCUCAUUUGUGAUCUUACUGGGAUGAACUUUCUUUCUCCUAUAAUCGACUAUAUUGCUUGUUAAUGGACUUAA